GGUGAGGUCGACCUGAGUAAGGGAAAUAACAAUGUGUAUCGCGGUGUUUAUGUGGCAAGCUCAUCCAAAGUGCCCCUUCCUUCUCUUACACAACAGGGACGAAUUUUAUUCUCGGCCUACGGAAGCGUUAGCAUGGUGGGGAGAGGAAACAAUAUUGGGUGGUAGAGAUGGGUUAGGCGGUGGCACGUGGUUGGGUUCAACGAGAGAUGGAAGGAUCGCUUUUCUCACCAAUUUUAGGGAACGUGAGAGUCUUCCACACCCUAAGACUAGAGGAGACCUUCCCCUUCGUUUCCUUCAGAGCAACAAGAGUCCCAACGAGUUUGCAGAGGAAGUUCUGAAAGAGGCGCAUCAAUAUAAUGGAUUUAACCUCAUUUUAGCUGAUAUUUGCAGCUCUACCAUGGUUUAUGUGUGCAAUAGACCAAAACAAGAUCAUCUUUGUGUUGCCCAAGUUACCCCUGGAAUUCACGUGUUGGCUAAUGCUACCCUCGACUCUCCUUGGCCAAAGGCUGAACGCCUGCGCCAUAAUUUCAACGAACUAAUUGCACACUAUGGAGAAAGUGAUUUUCCAAUUAAAGAAGUGGUUGAGAAGCUGAUGACAAACACAAUCAAAGACGAGGACUGCAUGCUACCCGGGAUUUAUCCUCCAGAACGAGAACGCCCUUUGAGUUCCAUAUUUGUUGAAACAGAAAUUUUAUCGGAGCGUUAUGGGACUAGGAGCUCUUCUGCCUUGUUUGUGAAAUCAAACAAUGAAGUCAUAUUCUAUGAGAAAUAUCUGGACCAGAGGCAAUGGAAAGAGAAAAUGGUGAGCUACGUGAUCAAUGAGAGAGAAUGAAUGGCUGGAAUAUGUUUUUUUCUUUUCUGCUACUAUACUUCAAAUAGGUCAGAAGUCAUGUAGGCCUAAACCCAAACAAAAGAAAGGAAUAAGUAUAUAUGUAAUUAGUCAAGUUACAAGUAUAUAAUUUGGCCACUGGCAACUUUGUCAGUCUACACCAAUCUAACCUCAACUAGAUUGGAUUGGAUCGGUUGGUUAAUUUUUUUCAACUUGUUUUGAAUGUUUUUCUCACUUGGAUAUGUAUAUUUUGCUAUUGUUUAUAAACAUAAUAAUGUUUAUUUAUACAGUAGUAGGAGACCUUUAGUUACACUGAAAGAGAAAUUGUAUUCUUUGCUCAUGUUUU